AUGGUCGUAGGAAUCAACACUUGUCCUGGUAACUCGUGGGCAAAUCCAACAGAGCGUAUAAUGUCUGUGUUGAACUUAGCACUUAAUGGGGUUUCACUUUCUCGGGAGGAAAUGAGUAAAGAGAAGGAGGAAUUAAUCAAGACUCCCUCCAACAUGAAGGAGAUGCGGGCUGCAGCUGAAAAGAAUCCUGACGUAAAAGCGGUCAUCAAUGACAGCCUGCAGAAGCCGUUGUCUAUACUCAACAACCGAUUUAGCCGAUUGUCUCUGAAAGGUAGCCAGUUUCAGAUUUUACCACCUGCCAGUGACGAGCAGAUCCACGAGCAGUUUCUUGCAGUUCACGAAAUUGACGAGUCCAUUAAAGUG